ACCGUCCGCGGCCGGAGUCUCCAGGGCCGCGUUUUGGGAAGGGCUCCUUGCACCUGGGCCCGGCGACGCAGGGGCUGAGACUCAUGAAAUGGCCACAGAUGAUAAGACCUCCCCAACAUUGGACUCUGCUAAUGAUUUGCCUAGAUCUCCCACUAGUCCUUCUCAUCUCACACACUUCAAACCUCUGACUCCUGAUCAGGAUGAACCACCUUUUAAAUCAGCAUAUAGUUCUUUCGUAAAUCUUUUUCGAUUUAACAAAGAGAGAGGAGAAGGGGGCCAAGGAGAGCAGCAAUCUCCAAGUGGAAGCUGGUCCAGCCCUCAGCUCCCUUCGAGGACACAAUCUGUGAGGUCACCUGUACCUUAUAAAAAACAGCUUAAUGAGGAACUCCAGCGGCGCUCUUCAGUAUUAGACACAAGAAGGAAAGCAGAACCUACCUUUGGAGGUCAUGAUCCUCGCACAGCUGUUCAGCUUCGAAGCCUCAGCACAGUAUUAAAACGCCUCAAGGAAAUCAUGGAGGGCAAAAGCCAGGAUAGUGACCUGAAGCAGUACUGGAUGCCAGACAGCCAAUGUAAAGAGUGCUAUGAUUGUAGUGAAAAAUUUACAACCUUUAGGCGUAGACACCAUUGCCGGCUAUGUGGACAGAUUUUCUGCAGUCGUUGCUGUAAUCAAGAAAUCCCUGGAAAAUUUAUGGGCUAUACAGGGGACCUCCGAGCUUGCACGUACUGUAGAAAAAUAGCCUUAAGUUAUGCUCAUUCCACAGACAGUAAUUCCAUUGGGGAAGACUUGAAUGCCCUUUCAGAUUCGGCUUGCUCUGUGUCUGUACUUGAUCCUAAUGAGCCCCGAACACCUGUUGGGAGUAGAAAAGCCAGCCGCAACAUAUUCUUAGAGGAUGAUUUAGCUUGGCAAAGUUUGAUUCAUCCAGACUCUUCAAAUACUGCUCUUUCAACAAGACUUGUAUCUGUUCAAGAGGAUGCUGGGAAAUCUCCUGCUCGAAACAGAUCAGCCAGCAUUACUAACCUGUCAUUGGAUCGAUCUGGUUCUCCAAUGGUAUCUUCAUAUGAGACAUCUGUCAGUCCCCAGGCUAAUCGAACAUAUGUUAGGACAGAGACCACAGAGGAUGAACGUAAAAUUCUUCUGGACAGUGUUCAGUUAAAGGAUCUGUGGAAAAAAAUCUGCCAUCAUAGUAGUGGAAUGGAGUUUCAGGAUCACCGCUACUGGCUGAGAACGCAUCCCAACUGCAUUGUAGGAAAGGAGUUAGUCAACUGGCUUAUCCGAAAUGGACACAUUGCUACAAGGGCACAAGCUAUAGCAAUUGGACAAGCAAUGGUUGAUGGACGUUGGUUGGAUUGUGUUAGUCAUCAUGACCAGCUUUUCAGGGAUGAGUAUGCACUGUACAGACCCCUGCAGAGUACAGAAUUUUCUGAGACGCCUUCUCCAGACAGUGACUCGGUGAACUCUGUGGAAGGACAUUCUGAGCCAUCUUGGUUUAAAGACAUAAAGUUUGAUGACAGCGACACAGAACAAAUAGCUGAAGAAGGUGACGAUAACUUGGCUAAUUCUGCCAGUCCUAGCAAGCGCACAUCAGUCAGCAGUUUCCAGUCCACAGUGGACAGUGACUCAGCCGCUUCUAUCAGCCUGAACGUGGAGCUGGACAACGUGAACUUCCAUAUCAAGAAGCCCUCCAAGUACCCACAUGUGCCCCCUCACCCUGCUGACCAAAAAGGUAGGAGGUAGUCACCAUUUGGAAUCCAAAUAGGCUGGAGAGCCAGGCCAUAGGAUCUCGUGCCAGCCUGUCCUUCUGGCUUCCUCUGUCCUAUAUGGCUGAGGGGAUUUGGACUGGGUUUUGUUCCACCCUUUCUCAUUUUCCCCACACUUCCUCCCCACACCUUUUUUGUUGGUUUCUUUUAUUUCUUUUUUUCUCCCUCAAUACCACCAUGCCCAAUUUAAAGCUUAUAGUCUUUAAAAGGAACUAUAGCUGACUACUCUUCCCAUAAUGUGCAACUUCCAAGGUGGCAUUUCUUUGUAUUUAUAACAUGGAUGUUCUGCUCUAUUCUUUUCUCUUUUCUUCCUUUAACAUUUUAAAGCCAAUUUUGCCUGCGCUAUUUUGCAGUAAUAGUAUUUCUCUAAGCCUGUAUAGAUGCUUAAACUUAGAUUUGGGGCAAACUAUUCACACAUUUCUAAAUAUCUUUAUACUACAAUUUAAAAGAGUUUAUUUUUUCUGUUUUCAUUGAAAAAAAUUCUCUAAU